GAGCACCGACUGCAUCUCUUCCCUGAUGCUACAAGCUCCGGAUUCACACAUCGGUGUACGGGGGUUUAUUUCCUGAACCAGACUGCAUUGAAAUAACCUCCAGGAGCAGAUUUAUUUGAGUCGCGGACACAAGGACGAGCCUUAGACAAGAAGGAAGGAGUGUGUUCACCAUGUUCCUGUCCUUGUGUCUGAUCUGGACCCAGCUGCUGAUCACAGAAUCAUCCUCUGGUGAUCGUGAGCUGCGUCUCUUCCCGUCUCGCCACUCCAGUCGUCUCCUUCCAACUCCACAUCCUCAUUCCAAUGCAGAAGACAAGGCAGAGUCCCGCCACCUCCACCACCAUCAUCACCAUCAUCAUCACCAUCAUGAGGCCAGGUUAGCCAAACUGAUGCCAGCUGCUCUCCUGGAGUCGAGGUUCCAGCAGGAGCCUGGCAGUCAGCGAACCCUCAACCUACUGGCACAGCCGCACCAGGAAGUAGUGCCAGAGCAUGUGGAGGUUUCUGCACGGCAUCUGGUUACUGUGUAUCUGGCUGUGGAUGUGAGGAGGCUGAACGUCAGUCUUCUUCGGUGGUUUCGGGAGGGAGUUGCAGCAGCUCUGGGCGUUCCUGCAGUAGAUGUGCACAUCAACCGGCUCAAUGAGAGGAAGAAUGGCAUCGAGUUCUUCGUGUCCUCUGAUAGGCUGGGGGUCUCUGAGCCCCGCCCAGCUGAGGAGGUCAUCCAAUCACUGAACGUCAGAAUCCUCCACCGCCACCUGGGACACUUCGGCAUCACCGAAGUCUCGACUGAGAAGAACGUUUUGCAGGGUCAGCAGAGGGAUCACGUGUGGAGCAGAGAGGGAUUUUAUGCUGUUGUCCUCUUCUUCACCAUCUUUGUCAUUGUCAUCACCUGCUUGAUGGUUUUGUACCGACUUAAAGAGAAGGUGCAGGUUUCUGACAGACAGCUGAAAGCCCCCCACCCCGACCUCUACCUGAGCCCCCGUGUCCCUCCAGACUCUGCCCAGAAGUCAAAGGGCACCAAGGUUGUGACGUCAGGAAGCAUGGUCCAAGCUGAGCUCCCUCCUGCUCUAGCCACACCCAUUCCCCAGCAGCAGCCAAUCAUAGCCUGCCGCCGACUUGCGCCUCCUGUCGUCCCUCUGCCCAACCCCGCCCCUGGUCCACUUGUCAAUAAUAGUGACCAGAUCCCCCCAGCCAGCGCUCCCCCAGCAAUAACCAGUAACGAGUUGAAGCCCUGCCCCUCCCCCUUCAGGAUGAAACCAGCCGCAGGACUGCAAGAAAGACGUGGCUCUAAUGUCUCUCUGGUGUUGGACAUGUCGGCACUGGGCUCUGUGGAGCCUCUCAGUGUUGCCGUGGUAACUCCCAGGGAGGCAGCAGCCCGGGAGUACCUGUUGUCCGCCGGACGUGUACUGACACGACAGCAGCUUCGCGACAUCAUCAACAACACACACAAGUUGCAUGCUGAGUUUGCUGAAAUUCCCAUGAACUUUAUUGAUCCCAAGGAGCUGGAUAUUCCAAACCAUGGGACCAAGAACAGAUACAAGACCAUACUGCCCAAUCCUCAUUCCAGGGUAAUCCUUAAAUCCAAGAGCUGCAACGACCUGCUCAGCUCCUACAUCAAUGCUAACUACGUACGGGGUUACCUCGGUGAUGACAAGGCAUACAUCGCCACUCAGGGUCCCAUGGUGAACACAGUGAACGACUUCUGGCAGAUGGCCUGGCAGGAGGAGUCACCGGUCAUCGUCAUGAUCACCAAACUAAAGGAGAAGAACGAGAAGUGUGUUCUGUAUUGGCCGGAGAAGAGGGGAAUCUAUGGGAAGGUUGAGGUGCUGGUUAACAGCAUCAGAGAGUGUGAACACUACACCACUCGCAGCCUCACAUUGAAGUGUGGGAAUCAAACUCGUAUGCUGCAGCAUUACUGGUACACAUCGUGGCCUGACCACAAAACCCCAGACUCUGCGAUGCCGCUGCUGCAGCUGAUGACGGAUGUUGAGACAGACAGACGGUCAGCUGCCUCUAUGGGUCCAGUUAUAGUCCACUGCAGUGCUGGGAUUGGACGGACAGGUUGUUUCAUCGCCACAACGAUAGGCUGUCGACAGCUGCAGCUGGAGGGAGUGGUGGAUGUGCUGAGCAUCACCUGCCAGCUUCGAGCUGACAGAGGAGGUAUGAUCCAGACAGGUGAGCAGUAUGAGUUUGUCCAUCACGCCUUGAGUCUGUACGAGGCCCGCCUCUCUGCAGAAACCGGACAAUGAGGGAGCAUCACCACUGGUUCUUCAGCUCUGAGCUGGAAGUCUGCUUACAUAGUGUGUCCUUAGCAGGUAUGAUCUCUGAGUUCUGUGAGUUCUCUGAGGUUAUGGAAAUCUGGAGGUUUUUGAGUUUGGUGGACAACAUGAGGACUACAGUGAGUGAAGCUUGACGAAGGCAAAGGAAAAGAUCUCCAAAUGGAAUGUAUUGGAAUUCUUCUUUUGCUCUUUCUGCUUUGUCAUCAGAGAUUGAUUCUUCAGAUGAACUGAGAUGAGAGACUUCAUUUUUCUCAGAUGAUUAUUGGAUCUUGUCGUUUAUAACCAAACAGACUGUCCUGUUACCUCUUUUCUUUCAUGGAGACAUAGAUGAUAAAAUGAUGGUACAUGUUUAAGUGACACUGUUGUGUUUCUGUGUCUUAUAGAUAAUACAGAUAUUUUGUAACAUGGUGUUCUCAUAUGAAAGACUAUUGGAAAAUGACUGUUCGCUGAUUUGGUUUAGCUACUUUACAAACUUCUCCAGCUUGGUACCAUUUAUGGCCUCAGCACUCCUUACAUUACCAGUUCACAUACUUUUCUCUCUAGCCUGAUUUACUUUGAGGGCCAAUUUGACACAGUGAAACUAGCCAAGAGUUGCUGAUAUUUCAUUUUAUUAGCAAUGUUUUUCCACAUAGACCUGAUCCCAAACUAAGUGAAAAUGAAAUACUGUAAAUACAUAUGUAAUCUGAACUCCUGCCAGUCAGAAAAUCCACUUAAAAUUUUCUGGGACUUUGGUCAAGUUUUGCACAAUGUAAUGUUUUUUUAAUGAUACAUACCCAUAUCACACAGGGGACACAUAGUUAACAUCAACACUAUUUUCUUAUCCCCAUAAGAAACCUACAUCUUAAAAUAUUAUUUUGCCCUUUGCUGGUCUGGUGUGUACUGUGCUCAAUGUUCCAACGUCGCUGACUAAGCAACAUGUCAGCAACAUAAUUAUUAAUUUGACAGCGAACUGUUAAAUAAUCAUUGAAAGUGAAUUUAAGCAACUUUGUGUUUUAAAAUGUAGAUAUUCUCAUGUUAAUAUUAUUUUUGCUCCCAGUGAAUUUAAGGAGAAAGAUGAGAAACUAGUCUUCCAAAGAUAAACAGAGCAUACUUUUUUAAAACUUUCCUCUGGGUAAAUACAUAAGAAGGGAUACCAAAUAAAUCAUUCAUCAAAAAUCAUCUUAUUACCAUGAGCAAUUUCAAUGACCAGUUCCAUUUUAAUAUCACCAGGAUGAUCAUUGCUUUCUCCCACUGUUCUCUAGCUGAAGAAUGCAUCAGUUGUUGAACCAAUCCUCAGAAGUUCAUGACUUAUCAGCCAGUGAUUUAAAAAGGGUUGUGUUAGACAAGACUGUGCAAGUACAAAGCAUCAAGACACAGGAUGAAGAGAUAAAUGUAAAUGCAAAUGUAUGGUAUGAAACAAAACAUACAUUUACAGCCCAAUUCUUCCUCCUUUUUUGUCCUCUUCUUAAUUUAGGAAGGAAGGUGUUUGGCCUCAUAUUAUAAAAGCUAAAUCACUUUCAAUAUUUUUGAAUCAGGACUGUAAACUGCAUUUAUUUGUAUAAUAUAGUUUUAACCAGAGAUAUUAAAACACUGCCUGGUAAUGUGUGGAGUGCUAACCUCACAGAUGUGGUUAACUUUAGCCAUACGACACAUGCUAAUAGCUAACACACCAAUGGCUCAUUAAAUAAGCUUCUGCUAUAAAAACCCGAUGCUAGUUGUUGUGGUGCAGCGGCUCCUGUAGAGGCAAAUCUUAGCUUUAGUUGUUUACUUCUGAUGCUUUAAUGUUGACAUGACGUUGACCUAUGAGCUCAUGCUAGUACAAGCAACUUUUGCAAUAUUUUUCUUAACACAUUGCUAAAAAAUGAUGCUAACAAUGAAAAGAGGUGCUGGAGUUUUAGUUCCCAAGUGUUGAUGAAAUAACUGUUCGAUUUGCACAAUAGAGACACAUCAAAAAUAGAACUAUUCAGAAAGACUAACAGCCUAAAGUUGGAGGUAAUUGACUUUGAUCACCAUAGUUAAAAUUAAUAUUUGAAUAUUGUUGAAUAUUUUCAGCAGAGGGCCAUAAAAAAAUGCACUUAAAUGGCCAAUACUAAUAAUAAUAUAAUAAUAAUAUAUAAGCAAUUUGUGCUACUUUUGUUUAGAGUUGAGGCUACACUCAGUAAAGUAGUUAACGUUGCCCUGUUAUUUGUUGCUUUAUACCAAAAAUGUGAAAUAAUUUUUGUCACAAUGGUGCGGUCAUCUCAUUGAUGUGCAGUUGUAAAUUAUGUUAUCCAGUGAGUAAGUUAUUUUGGUGAAUUAAAGUAAUAAUAACUUUAUUUUUAUACAGUUUUUACAUGUUUUGAUGUGUUUAGCAGCUAUCAGCCGCUUGUCGAUUAGCAGGAAAGCUCUCUGUUUGGGAUACAAACCUCACUAUCUCUAAAUGAUCAACUUAUCAGGAGCUGGAAGGAAUUAAAGUUAACUUUAAGUUUGAGAAAGAUCCAAAUUUAUCCACACUUGUGUCCUUUCCACCAAAUUUAAUAUCCAAGGUUUUUUCAUGUCAAACAAGCAGACACAUCUCUAAAGCUAGACCUGUUUAAACUGCCUUAUCUUUGUGACGGAGCAGUGAUUUAGAGAAUUAUUUUUUUAGAAUAAGUGCGAAACUAAUAAAAACCAAACAGGGUGUUAUUUUCAGUUCCUGGGAUUUUGACUUGUUUUGGAGAUCUGAGGUUUCGACAGUAAUGCCAGUGAUGAAGAACAUACAUCUAAGCUGAUCUCUGUGUGAAUGGAUGAACAUUGUACAGUACAUGAUAAAGUGCUAUUAAACCUGAUGUGGGAAGUUACAUUUUAAUCCACAGACCACAAACUCUGAUAUCUUGCUGCUAAAACCGGGAGAGUUGGGAUCGGAUUGUUGUCAGACAAUAAAUAAGAGAGACUUUGAGGACUGUUCUUUUUCUAUGUAUCAGAUUAUUUUUUAUUUAUUCCUUUACUUGCGAUACAAUCCAGCAACUCUGGACCUACAUCUCUUUGUCUAUGUGUCCAACGCGCCUCCGGGGACCACAGUCAACCCAGGCUUCCCUUCAGUCAACUUCAGGAAUCUGGUCAGUUUCAAGCUCUUCAUGGCAGAUUACUGUACAUCACUAACACUGUCGUACCUGGUUAUUCUUUUUUGGAACUGACUGAAAUGAAAGUGCGUUGAUCCCAGUCUCUACGCCCUCUGCAGCAGUGGCUACAACAACACACACUGCCUCUGACGUAGUAUUGUGAAUUUACACUAUACGUGGUGGUUCAUGUCCUGUAUUUUAUUACUGUUGACUGUUGAUGGAGUUUAAAGGGAUGUUAGAGAUUUUCACAGCGUAAGAAUAUGGCCAAAGAUAAAGCAACAAAGUGACACUUAAUGUUAUUCAUCAGAUUUAAAGAUGGAAUUUUUAGUUAAAGAAAACAAAAGCACCCAAUGCAACUAAAUGCUUAAUAUAAGAAAAAAUAAUUUCAACUAAUUCAACUUUGAAAAUAAUAGUAGAUAAAUGUUUUGCAUGAGAUUAUUCAGAUUUUAACUAAAAUUUCAUUAGUUUUACUUGAAUAAUUUUAGAACUUUUUUCAAGAAAUUUAAAUCGAUUGAAUAAUAUUGAAUGUGACUUACUUAUUCCCAUUAAACUCAAUAACAUCUCUGACUGUUUUUAAGAUUUAUAUACAUGAUUAAAAAGUAGCUCAUGAGUUUUAAUCAUUAAAGUGUUGGUAAACUUUGUAUUUUGCAUCAAAAUUAGGUGGAAUUGCAAAUAGUUGAAAUCAGUGUACUUGAAACAAUUUUUUAAAAAGCUGUUUCUUUACAGUUUCAUUGUUAAAGUCUUAUUGCUUUGCUACUGGAAUUGCUUAAAAUUUUGUCUAUAAAGGGUUUAAAUAUGUUGAAUUGAACCUUAUAUUCGUUAACUACAUUUAGCCUAUUUUAGUCAGUAGAAGUUGCAUGCAUAUACUAAGUAUUAAUUCAAUCUCAUGCUUUACUGUUUCUGACACUGGUAGUGUAAGGAUUUACAAUAGUCUUCAUUUUGAGCCUCUUUGCUCUUUGUUAGUAAAUGGAAUUUAAUGAUUGAGUAUAUUUUGUGUAUAUAAUUGUAAAAAGACACGAAUAAACUCAAACUGUAAACACCAAAGUCAAAACAUGCAAAUAGAAAUUGUAAGUCAUUAUUUUUAAAACUGAAAACUGAAUUUUUCCAUGAAAUUAGCACUAAAUUCAAUAUUUGAGCCUGAAUUAUAUUAAAAAUUAACUUACAUUCUGUAUAAACUUCUAAAUGCCAGAAAGAACAAUGGCAUUAUAAUGGAAAAUGUUGCAUCCCUUUAAACUCCAACUGUGUGGACAUUGUAGAUCAGAGUACAUCUAAUGCUACUUACACUACGGUACGUGGUUCUUUUAUAACUGUACAGUAUUACUUAUCAACUUGAAUGUUGUUAUAGUUCAGAACAUUAGCCACUGAGUAGUGCUGUAACCUCUUAAUCUACUCUCUGUAUUACCUGUAAUCUGUACAUAAAAACCUCUGGGCUCUGACUCA